GACUGCUCCAUGGAGCACACGAGGACCAGGCAGGAAAAUGGUAGUGCAUGAAUUAAGCCCUUCAAUGCAAAGAGUGAAUAUGUUGCUUGCCUGCAACAUGGAAAACCAGGGUGUUGCUGUGCUUACCUCAACAACUGGCCUGCUGGAGCAGGACUACCAGACAGCCAAGACAUCCAGCCCUCGGGCCAGCCACGAGGCAACUCAUUUGCCCAAAGCACACGAGCUCGAGAAAAACAUGACAGCCUUGCAGUACGAGUUGAUGCCGGGGGAACUCAUAGCAGCCAGUCUGCUUUUGGGAGCUUUGUGGCUCCUUUCCACCUUUGGGAACGCCCUCGUUUGCCUGGUGAUCCACAGGAGCAGGAGGACUCAGUCUACCACAAACUACUUUGUUGUCUCCCUGGCCUGCGCAGACUUGCUCCUUAGCGUAGGAAGCAUGCCAUUGGUGCUUCUGCAGUUAGCCUCUGGCAGAUGGACCCUUGGGAGCACGAUGUGCAAGCUUGUCAGGUAUCUCCAGUAUCUCACCCCUGGUGUCCAGAUGUAUGUGCUGCUCUCCAUCUGCGUGGACAGGUUCUAUACCAUCGUCUACCCCCUGAGCUUCAAGGUGUCUCGGGAAAAAGCCAAGAAAAUGAUUGCCGCCUCUUGGCUCUUGGACGCUGCGCUGGCAUCACCAGCGUUGCUCUUUUACAGGGCAGGGCAGGAUCACCACUGCAACUUCUUCCCCCCCUACUCCUGGGAGGGGACGGUUUACAGCAUCAUCUAUUCAUUGGUGGCAUUUCUGAUCCCGUCUGUUCUCAUCAUUCUCUUUUACCAAAAAGUUGUCAAGUACAUUUGGCGGAUAGGCACAGACGGCAGGACAGUCCGGAGGACAAUGAACAUCGUUCCGAGGACCAAAGUGAAAACCAUCAAGAUGUUUCUCACGCUAAAUCUGCUUUUUCUGCUCUCGUGGCUCCCCUUUUAUGUGGUUCAGCUUUGGCACCCACAUGAGACCGAUUACAGGAAAAGCUCUUUGGUUUUUAUGUCAGUCACUUUGAUCUCCUUUAGUUCCUCGGCCUCAAAGCCGACCUUGUACUCUGUGUACAACGCAAACUUCAGGAGGGGAAUGAAGGAAACUUUCUGCAUGUCCUCCAUGAAAUGCUACCGCAGCAAUGCCUACACCAUCACCGCCAGCUCCAGGGUAGCCAAAAGAAAUUACGUGGGGAUCUCAGAGAUGCCCCCACCUGCCAAAACAGUUUCUAAGGACUCUGUAUAUGACUCGUUUGACAGGGAGGCUAAAGAGAAGAAACUGGCCUGGCCCAUUAAUUCAAACCCCCCCAAUACGUUUGUCUAAUUC